AUGCUCUCGCGAACGAAACAGCGGCCGUCAAUCUGGCUGACCUUUAUCAUUAUCGCCUUCUUACCAAGUCUCACACAUGGCUGGACUUGGUGGUGGACCGACGGCGAGAACAACACCCAUAUAGAUAAUGGCAGUGGCAGCCGAAAAUGUACAAAAAUGAGCCUCCCAGAGGGAAAACAGUAUCGAUGGGAUCCAGAAGGGAGCAAGUACUGCAUUUCGGCGUUCUCGGACGACCAUUGCGGAGAUCGUAACGGCUGGUCUUGUCCUACUUGGGGGCCUCGAUACCAGGGACAAAAUAUAUCUUUAUCAUAUCUCGUCAGUAUGCAGGGGGAGGACAUAUCGACAACACCUUCAUCAACCGAACCAACACCUACCGGGUCCUCUGGAGGCACCUCUGCCCCUGAGAACACCUCACCAUCAACCUCGACAGGUACACCAACACCACCGCCGGCUGGCGGAGUAAGGCUAUCCGGCGGGGCCAUAGCGGGAAUCGUGGUUGGAACCAUCGGCCUCAUUGCAUUUGUGGCCCUCCUCUGCUUUUUAUCAUACAGACUUGGCCAACGAAAUCCCAUUGUUAAGGUAUCAGAAGAGAUCUCCAAAAGCCAGUCUGGGGGAUCAGGUUCACCCUCGGCUCAUGAACUGCAUUCUCCAACGCAACCGUCGAUGCUGGAAUCCCGAACGAUGUCGACCGCAUCAUCACCCUUAUCACCGAGGCCGGAGUUGGCUGAUAACAAUUUUUUCAUCAAACAACAGAUGUUGGCCAUGUCUCAGCGGCCUAGGAUGACCGAACUGCCAGACAACGGACGACAGGAGGUUGCAGCGUAG